ACAGGCUCAGAGUAUUUCAAGUGUGACCAUCAGAGGUCAGUGUUCCUCUACAUGAGCUCCAUCAGCGGCUCCUGUCCCAUCACCGCGUACCCCUGUGACUCCUACACACUCUUCCGGGACGGGGAGUGCAUGGACUGUGGGAAGUUCACGCCGGACGGAUGCCCUGUUCUGGGUUAUGAUGCUGUGCGCUGGAGGGACACACUGGUGCAGCUGGGACAAACCAGGACAUAUUUCCAAACUAAUAAAGCGUCUCCAUUCUGCAAGUUCGGCUACAAGCUUGAUAUUGUCACAUGGAACCAGAAGACACACUGGGGAUAUUUAACUAUUAAAUUAAGCAACAGAAAGGAAGAGGCGCAAGUUGAACUCAAUCAUAAAUCCCUGAUGUUUGAGAGGUUUGUGGAGAGCAGCGUUCUGGCUCAGUUUGACCGAGACGUCCAGCCUGUGACGGAGAUCUCGCUCAAGUUCUGUACGGGGAAAGGACUCCGGCCGAGCAAGAAACUGCGGCUCCUGCGCAUCCGCCUCACUCCUCUACAGAACCCCCUCAGCAGGCCUCUGUGUCGCUAUGAUCUUCUGCUGGAGGAAAAUAGAGAUGUGACGUUCAGACCGAUUCCCUGUGAAGACUCGAACUUCUGAUCCAACCGCUGGCUCUCUCGGUCAGUUACUGAAGCGGCUGUCAUUAGUCUUUAACUUAAAACCAUCUGAAGCGGUUCCUCUCGGGUCAACGUCAGUGUUGUCUUCCAGGGUCCCUUCAGAAUUGUUUGUUUUAUUCUCUUCAUGAAGGGACAGCUACAUUUGUUUUUAUGUGAAGUAAAUAAAUAUUUUUGUAAAUAUAUUUUUUUCUUGUUUUUGCCUCUUUAUGUCAGUGAUAUUUAUGGUAUUACUUAAAUUUUCUUUGUUUUAACGCUAUUGUUACCAGUGUUUUUCCUACAGGACCCCUUUUUACAUCACUUCACUUCUUGGCUUUCUGCUCACUGCGUUUAAAAUUAAAUCAUGAUAUACCCAUGCAUGUAUAAAUAUUAUAGCAAUGUUAAUACAUUUCAUAACACGCUACCAUUUAAAAUUUGGGGGUGCAGUAACUUUGUUACGUUUUUGUUUGUUUGUUUUCAGUUGAUCAAAAGAGACUUUUACAUUGUUACAGAAAAUUCUAUUUUUUUAAAAAUGCAAGUUCUUCUGAACUUCCUGUUCAUCAGACUUCUGAAUAAAUGUAUCAUUAAG